UCAAGCACCUAGGCAUGCAGACUGCUUCUACAAACAUUUGUGAAAGAAUGGGUCGCUCUCAGGAGCUCAGUGAAUUUAAGCGUGGUACCAUGAUAGGUUGUCACCUGUGUAAUAAGUCCAUCCGUGACAUUUCCUUACUACUAAAUAUUCCACGGUCAACUGUUAGUGGUAUUAUAACAAACUGGAAGCAACUGGGAACGACAACUCAGCCAUGAAGUGGUAGGCCACAUAAAAUGACAUAGCAGGGUCAGCUUAUGCUGAAGAGCACAGUGCGCAGAAGUCACCAAUUGUCUGCAGAGUCAAUACCGAAAGACCUCCAAACUUCAUAUUGCCUUCAGAUUAGCACAACAACAGUGCAUAGAGAGCUUCAUGGAAUGGGUUUCCAUGGCCGAACAGCCACAUCCAAGCCUUACAUUACCAAGUGCAAUGCUAACCAUCGGAUGCAGUGGUGUAAAGCAUGCUGCCACUGAUGGACAUGAGGACGGUACUUGCCUAACUGCAUUGUGCCAAGUGUAAAGUUU